UCUCAUUCUGCUCCCAAUCCUUCCUCACUUUUCUCUACCUGUCUAUCUGUAUUUCGUUUUUCCUUCAAGCGAGAAGAAGAACGUACCAUCUCUUCCACCAACUAUACUAUGAGCACCGAAACCGUGAUGGUCGAUGAGAUACCUUUCCCACCGGAAAUCUCAACGCUGAAGCCACUCUCUCUGAUUGGUCACGGCAUUACAGACAUUGAGAUACAUUUCCUCCAAAUCAAAUUUACUGCAAUUGGGGUUUAUCUGGAUCCCGAGAUUGUGAGCCAUUUGCAGCAAUGGAAAGGCAAGUCGGGCAAUGAGCUAGCCAAGAAUGAUGACUUUUUCGACGCCCUAAUUUCCGCACCGGUUGAUAAAUUGGUGAGAGUGGUGGUGAUCAAGGAAAUAAAGGGUUCACAGUACGGGGUGCAGCUAGAGAGUGCGGUGAGAGAUCGAUUGGCAGAGGUUGACAAAUACGAGGAAGAGGAGGAGGAAGCACUAGAGAAACUCAUUCAAUUCUUCCAAUCCAAAUACUUCAAGAAGCACUCUGUCAUCACCUACACUUUUCCCGCCACUUCCGCCACUGCUGAGAUCUCAUUUGUAACGGAAGGAAAAGAAGAAGCGAAGAUCAAAGUGGAGAACGCCAAUGUUACGGAGAUGCUGAAGAAAUGGUAUUUGGGUGGCAGCAGUGGGGUGUCUGCUACCACCAUCACAUGCUUGGCCAACAACCUCUCAGACCUGUUAUCCAAGUGAAUUAAUUCUGAUUUCUGAAUUGAAUGAACCUCUCAUUUCCGGCCGGGCCGCCGGCCGCCCUCUCAUCUUUCACUCUCUUCCUCUUUUUUUUUUCUUCAUUUUUAAGAAUAAAAUAGUUUUAAUAAUUUAGCGUGUGUACGUUGUUAUGUUGUGCUCACACAAGUUGUUUGUGUAACAAAGAGCCCAGCUGAUUUUGGUUUGCAAUAUAUUAAUCUAUAAGAUCUAAUAUGGAUAUGGAUGUGAA